CCCAUGUACGAUUAACAUGGAGCAAAUAGUUUUUCUCCGCUCACUGCGAGCACCUUUGUUGCACGGAGGAAAAGAGGGCUUUGUUCAUCUACCCAAUCUCCAUGCAUGCUGUGAAUCAUCCAAUUCCCACCCAUGUUCUCUCAAUGCAGAAAACCAUUUUAACAGUUCUAUUUCUUACCUUGGAGUUGCAUUGCUUGGAGUAGGAAUCGCUCUAGAUUUUUUUCUUACAACUGGGGGAGGAAGUGGAUUUGAGUCUUCAUUGCUGGAGAGUGUGUCGUUUUGCCUGUCAUUGUAGGGAACCAGGAAUGGAAUGGCUUAGAAGAAAUGUAUGUGAAAACGGCUUGUGGUUUCACCCAUAGCCUGCGGAAAAUGCUUUAUUGUGUUUCGGAUAUCAAUUUAAAGUUCACAGUUAUGCAAAUAACCAGUGCAUUAGUGAAUGGCAGCGCUCUUCGUUUCCACUUACCUAGAUUUCUAUGUGUGCGUCAUCAUUCAUCAACCAAGUUGUUUGUCACAGGGCUUUCCUAUGAUACCAAUGAACCGAUUCUGAGAGAUGCCUUUGGGCAACAUGGUGAAAUCAUUGAAGUUAAAGUAAUAUGUGAUCAUGUGACUGGGAAAUCAAGAGGUUAUGGAUUUGUGCGGUUCGUUUCUGAAACUACAGCUGCUGCAGCUCGCAAAGAAAUGAAUGGCCAGAUACUGGAUGGAAGACGCAUUCGGGUGAGUUAUGCACACAAAGGCGAGCGACUAAGUCUGCCAAACAAUUCAUAAAACAGUUCAUGGUUGCAACAUAUUCACUUUCUAACUGUGAUACUCGAAGUCUAUAGUUUUGGCUUUUAAUUUUAGCCAUUCAACGCACCUUUUUUCAUUUGAUGGCGAUCUAGAUAGUCUCAGUUUGUUUCGAUGGCUUGAAUUGUUGUUCUCAUGUUCCUUGACCUUGAAAUGCUAAUAUCCGAUGAAUAACAAAAUAUAAUUUAGGGUUCAUUUUGUUUUGA